AUGGCUAGAAAAAACUACACGUAUGAUUCACGUCCACGAUAUGUAGCCGUUGCCGAUUUCAAUAAUGACAAUCAUUUGGAUCUUGCAGUUGCCAAUAGCAUCGAUGCGAAUAUUGUUAUUCUUUUGGGUGAUGGAAAUGGGACUUUUUCUCGGCAGUACACUAGCUGGUUCUAUGAUGAAUCUGGCCCAUAUUGGAUUGGUGUUGGAGAUUUCAAUAACGAUACGCUACUUGAUAUUGCCGUUGCAAAUUAUGACAGUCAUGAUAUAGAUAUACUCCGAGGGUAUGGUAAUGGAACUUUUUCGAUUGAAUUCACCUUGGGAUUGGGUUCAUCUCGCCCUAUGCUACUAACAGUUGGUAAUUUCAAUGAAGACAAUAUAUUGGACAUUGCUGUAGCAAGUGAUGGAACUCUGGAUUUAACCAUAUUGAUUGGUUCAGGAGAUGGUUCCUUUGAAAUACAAACAAAUUAUUAUCUCGGUCAUGAUUCGAUGCCGUAUUCAAUUGAUGUUGCUGAUUUUAACUAUGACAAUAAAACAGAUAUUAUGAUUGUUGAUUAUGGUACUAGUAACUUAAUUAUACUUUUCGCUACUGAAAAUGGUGAAUUUCCGAUUGAGAGAUAUUCAACAGGAGACAAUUCUUAUCCAUGUUCAGUUGCUUUGGGAGACUUUAAUAGAGACAAUUUCAUUGAUGCUGCUGUUGUUUAUAGGACUACCGACAAAAUUGGCAUAUUUCAAGGAUCUGAAAAUGGAAAAUUUCAAGCUACAGAACAAUUUCUUAUUGGUUCUAGUUUCAGUCGCAAGUCUAUUGGUGCUGGUAAUUUAAAUAUCGGUAGUACGCUUGAUUUAAUCGUUGUAGAUUCAGGAACUAACAGUGUUAUUGUAUACGAAGGAUCUGGCGAUGGAACUUUUAUUGUUAAAGCAAAUCAUUCAACUGGCACUAAUUCUAAUCCAUAUUCUUUUGCCGUUGGUGCUUUCGAUCAUGAUAGUAUAUCAGAUGUUGUUGUUGCUAAUUAUGACAUUAAUUCUAUUUUAGUACUCAGAUCAUAUACUAUCAGUCUCAUUUCGACUGAAAAUAGUUGGUCGCCUGAUUCAGAAUUUCAACCGCUUAGUAUGAUUGUAUAUGACAUCAAUAAUGAUCAGAAUCUCGAUGUUAUUGCUGCUGACGGGUUGAGCAAUAGUGUUGUAUUAUUUCUUGGCGAUGGCAAUGGUUCAUUUGAUAUGCGAGAAGCAUUUUCUAUUAAAAAUGAUCAUAGAGGGCCAUAUUUGAUUGCUGUUGGUAACUUUAACAAUGAUAACCAAACUGAUAUUGUCGUGACUUUGUACCUCACAUAUAAAGUACGCAUAUAUUUUGGACAAAAAAAUGGAAGUUUUGUACAAGGAUAUGAAUGUGAAGUUUCACAAGAUUGGAUGUUGAUGGUACUUCUAGCUGGUGAUUUCAAUGAUGAUAAAAAUCUUGAUUUAGUGGUAGGCAAUGCUGUUGAUGGUCAACUAGCUAUUCUGCUUGGGGACAGUAAUGGAAGCUUAGGGGAGCCAUUAUAUUACACGAGUGUAUAUUCUUCUGGUGUAUUGGUCGCUAUGGGUGAUUUCAAUAGUGAUAAUAUCACUGACUUUGCUAUUGCUAAUUCUGAUAGUCAUGCGUUUGUCAUAUCUUUAGGCAAUGGAGAUGGUACUUUUAAGGAUCCGACAUAUUUAUCGAAUGAAGAUUAUUACACUAACUGUCUUGUUAUUGGAGAUUUAAACAAAGACACUAUCGUCGAUAUUGUUAUCACUAUUCCAGAUAAUUCGGGAAUAGGAAUUUCUUUAGGAAAAAAGGAUGGAACUUUUGAAAGUAUGUAUUUCUAUGAUGAUGAACUGGGAAGUUAUCCGAUGUUUGUUGUUCUAAAUUAUUUCAACAUAGAUCGUAACAUUGAUAUUGCAAUUUUGAAUUCAAUUACGCCAAGCAUCGAUAUAUUGUACGGUAAUGGUGAUGGGACGUUUCGUACAAACAGCAAGUUGAAUCUCGAGAAUGGCUCUGAUCCCUUUUUAAUGGCCACUGGAGAUUUUAACAAGGAUGGUGAAAUUGAUAUCGUCACCGCAAAUACUGGCAGUAACGACUUAAGUUUACUUCUCUUACAAGACGAACCUGAUUUCAUAAAUGAAAACACUUACCCGCAAAAAUCAGGUGCACAUCCGUCAGCAGUUACUGUUGGACAUUUCAACAAUGAUCUUCGGAUGGAUAUUGUUGUUGUAAAUAGUGGAACUAAUGAAGUAAGAAUACUAAUGAACUAUAAUAGUAGUACUUUUAUGAAGACAGCUACUUAUUCAACGGGUGAGAACUCGCACCCACAACAAGCAGUUGUUGCUGAUUUUAAUAAAGAUAAUCAACUAGAUAUCGCUGUCGUAAAUUCGUGGAGUGAUACUCUAAAAGUAUUUCUUAUUUCCAAUAAUGGUACAACUGCCAACUCUACAGAGUAUUCCACUGGAUCAAAAUCUUCUCCUAACUCACUUGCCGUUGGCGAUUUUAACAAGGAUGGUUGGACAGAUAUUGUUGUUGCUAACAAGAAGUCAAGUAACAUUGGUGUAUUUCUUGGAUACAAUUAUCCAACAUUCAACAGUCAAAUCAUACGUAUAGAACAGCAUAAUUCCUAUCCAACAUACGUUGUUGUUGGUGACUUUAAUGGAGAUUCUCAGUGGGAUAUUGCAGUUACGUGUUUCAAAAAGAACAAUGUGUCGGUGUUUUUAGGACUAGGAAAAGGCACAUUUGAAAAUGAAACAUCAAAUCCACUACCAACAUCAUCUUAUCCUACGGCAAUGGUUGUUGGCGAUUUCAAUAAUGAUAAUCAAUCGGAUAUUGUUGUUGUUAAUUCACGAGGUAAAACUAUAAGUGUACUACUUGGAUAUGGUAAUGGAACAUUCGCUACAGACAUUUCAAAGUCUACUGGUAGCUCAUCACCAGUUUUCAUUGCGAUGGGCGAUUUUAACAAAGAUAAUAAACUAGAUAUUGCUGUCGCAUUCCAAACCGAUGACAAUGUUGGUGUAUUUACGGGGUACGGUAAUGGAUCAUUUUCCGAACAGAUGACAUAUAAAAUGCCUAAUGUUUCUUCGCCAGUAUGGGUUACAACUGGUGACUUCAACAAAGACAAUGUUCAAGAUAUGGCUGUUGCCAAUUUCAAUGGAAAUCAUGUGGGUAUACUUCUAGGAUAUGGUAAUGGUACUUUUGGAGACAUAAUAAUAUAUUCAACUGGAACUAAUUCAGGUCCUUGUGCCAUUGCCGUAGGAGAUUUUAACAAAGAUAAUAACAUUGAUAUUGCCGUAGCGAAUCUCUACCGUAAAACUAUCGGUAUAAUGUUUGGCUAUGGUAAUGGAAGCUUCUUGCUACAGGUAACAUACUAA